AUGAAUCAAACAGAAGAUAUCUCUCCGGAUUUUAUCUUAUGUGUUCAAAAGCUACUAUCAUCUAUAUCAACUUUACGUAAGCACCUAUCGAGUAUUGCAAGUGUACAAUCUGAAGAAUCAAUUCGAAAACUUAAAGCUAUAAAAGAAGCCAUUAUCAGUCUUGCACCAGCCAUUGAAACAGCAAAUCAAUUGGACUCGACAUCAACGCUUGUCGACCAUCUGUCUAGCGAAUAUUCAAGCCUAUACAAUGAUUACAAACAACGUUAUAGUCUUAUAAUGACUAAUACAGUUAUUUUUAACGAAUACAAACAAGCGAUAGAAGAUUUAUCUAUUUGGUUGACAUUAACAAAUGCUAAUAUCCAACAAGCCUUAGAAUUCGACGAUAAACAACAAACAUCAAUUAAUAUUAAAAAUCUUGACGAGUUAAACAAAUAUGAAUCAUUAGUAGAACAUGCAAUAGAACUCAAUCAAACGAUGGCUACCGAUUUGCCGGACGAACAAGCAAAAGAAAUGAUCAAGGAAAUCGAUGAUAUCAAAGAGCAAUGGAAAAUAUUUAUUGGAAAAUUAAAUAUAUACAAAGAAAGAAAUUUAUCUUCUGAAUCGGCUAACUUAACCGACUCGUCAUCGGCAAAUCCUGUAACAGAACAAAAUGAAAUUUUAGUGAAUUUUAUCCAAAGUUUAUUGACCUUAGGCAAAGAAUUAAUAGACCAACACGAAAACAAUCAUGUUAAUACUUUAAUCGAAAAGGAACAACUUCUGUCGAAAAUUAAAGAAUGUCAACACGAAAUGGAUCGUUUAAAAAAUUUACAUGCUAAUACGAGCCAACCUUUAAUUGCAGAAUUGACAACUCUUGCUACAUCUAUGGCAACAGCUCGUAUUCAAUUAGAAAAUUGCAUCGAACAACAACGUGAAUUUGCUACGGAAUUAGAUAUAUUCAUAGGCUGGUUGAAAGCCUUGACGUGUGAAUCUGAAAUAAUUGAUAAUCAAGAGAUUCAAUUAACGUUGAAUGAACGGCAGGGCGAUUUCAAUAAAUUAAUUAAAUCCAAUCAACAGAACGAUUUUUUAAUUGAAGAAAAAAUUGAAUAUUUAAUAGAAAUGUGGUCUAAUUUAACAUUAAAGGUCGCUGGUUCUCCGCCCGUAGUGACUAAGCAUUUGUCCUCGGCAGUACCAUUGGCAUCAUCAUCACCACCAGACAUUAUUGAACAAGCACAAAAUUUAUUAGACACGAUUGUACAAUUAGGAAAUCGUCACGAAAUAGAACAGCAUAAAAAUAAAAUUCAAGCAUUUUUAACUCGUUUGAAAAGUUCACAAGCGUCGGAUUCGAACACAAAAUUACCUCAUACAAUACAUGAUGAACUUGCCAAUCGGCACUUGAUAUUACAACAAAUGUUAAUCGAUACAUCUCAUAUCGAUCAUCUUCGUGUAAAUUUAGUCUCACAUUUCAAUACAGAAAAUAAUACUGUAACAGCUACGAAUGAAAUUAAAACAUUAAUCGAUAAUUAUCCAAAAGAAAUGACAAAUCAAAUUCGUCAAUGGUUAACUGAACAACAACGACCUCGUGUUGCGUCACCAUUGGUCAUUGUUGAUAAUUCGAAGACUAUUGGUGAUUUUGAAAAGUAUUUCAAAGAUUUAGAAGAAAAUUUUGUUCAAUAUCAACAAAACGAACAUAAUCAAGCGAAAUUAAAGAAACUGAUUCAACUCAUAGAAAAUCGACCAAAUUUAUCAGAAAAUUUAAAUGAUCACGAUAAACAACAUGCUGCCAAUUUACUGCAACAGUUUGAUAAAAUAAAAAAGCUAAUUGCAGAUAUUCGAAAGAAUAGUUUAAUUAAAAAGACAAACAUUGAUAAUACCGUCGGUCAUAUUGAUGCGUUAAUAAAGCGUACACGAGAUGUAGAAGAACAAAUUGAACAUAAUCUUAAACAACCUAUACAUGAUUAUGAAAAACUUAUUCGCGAUUGUCAGCGUAUCAUAUCUGAACUUAAUCAAAAUCUUCGCAUGCCGGUUGAAGAAGCAAUCAAUAAUGGAAAACGUUUAUAUUCAUUAGAUAGCAAAGACUAUAGCAAUGUUGAAAGUGCUGACGAUACUGGCGGUGGUUCAUUAUUAUCACCACCUUCGUCGCCACUGAAAAAACAUUCUGAUUUAACAUUACGGAAAGUUCGUCGACAUGUUCUUCAAUUAGCACAACAUUGGAAAAAUGCUAAUAGUAAUAUUCAAUAUCGUUUAAAUUUAUUGCAAGGUGCUCAAACGGCUGUCGAAGAGUUACGCCACAAGUGUGACCGGUUGCAUGCGCACUUGUUGGAAACUGAACUUGCCUAUGCACAUAAACCACAAAUUAAAGCAUUGAAUGUCGAACAGGUGCCAGCCGAAAUCGAACAAGCUAAGCAACUAUUGUCUAAAUUAAUCUCGUGUAAACCAUCCAUUCAUGAUAUACUACAAUUGGCACAAACUGUCGAACGUGAAUAUGAUAUCCAUGUGACUAAUCGAGCUCAGGAACUCAAUGAAAGAUGGGAACAUUCCGUAACAUUAACAUCACAACGAAUUCAAUCACUACAAGAUUCGAUUAAAAAUACAGCCAGUGAUAUUUAUUCAAGUUCAGUAGAAUAUCCGUGGCAACGUGCAGCAGCCAUCAAUAAAAUACCGUAUUAUAUAAAUCACUCGGAUCAAACGACUUCUUGGGAUCAUCCAAAAAUGCAUGAAUUAAUGACUUCAUUUGGAAAUUUUAAUGAUAUUCGAUUUUCUGCGUAUCGUACAGCGAUGAAACUUCGUACAUUGCAAAAAUGUCUUUGUCUUGAUUUGACGUCAUUGAGUAAUAUAAUUAGCGUAUUUGCUGAACACGAAGUAGCUGAUCCAAUAAAUAAAACUAUCGAUGUAGUAGAGAUACUCGAUUAUUUACAAAAAAUAUUUGAAAAAACAUCAAAUGAAUAUCCACAUUUCACUAAUGUUAUAUGUACUGUCGAUUUAACAUUGAAUUGGUUAUUAAAUAUCUAUGACAUUAAUCGAACUGGCACUAUUCGUUUAUUAUCAAUGAAAAUGGCAUUAGCGUUACUUAGUCGAGGAUAUAUUGAAGAAAAAUAUCGAUAUCUAUUUUCUUUGGGAGCAUGUACCAAUAAUAAUCGCGAAGUCCUUGAUCGACAACGUUUAUCGGUUUUAUUCCAGCAAGCCAUCGUUAUUCCAAAGCAACUUGGCGAAGUUGCAGCAUUUGGCGGAUCAAGUGUUGAGCCAAGUGUUCAAAGUUGCUUUGAAUAUGCACAUAAUCCGGAUGUCAUAACAGCGGAUGAUUUUCUCGAAUGGGUCAAACUAGAACCGCAAUCACUUGUUUGGCUACCUGUCAUGCAUCGCUUAGCAGCAAGUGAAGUAGCGAAACAUGAAGCACGCUGUAAUAUAUGUAAAAUGUAUCCCAUACUUGGCUUUCGUUAUCGUUCAUUGAGACAUUUCAAUUGUGACAUAUGUCAAAAUUGUUUUUUUUCUGGUAAACAAACCAAAAUCUUUAAAAUGGCUGAUCCAUUACAAGAAUAUUAUACUGAGACCACAUCUUCGGAAGAUAUUCGAGACUUUUUUCGUAUAUUUAAAAAUAAAGUAUGGGCUAAAACGAGGAAAACUCCUAAACUUGGUUAUUUACCAUUGCCACAUGUUUUCGAUAAUACUGUAUCAACAAGCGAACAGCAAAUUUUAUCAUCGCCAGCAUUAGCUUCUCCAAGCACGACACCUUCCAAGCCACAUAUUGAAGUCACACCCCUAAUUUCUUCAUUGACUGAAUCGGAUGAUGAACAUAUGAUUAUUGCACAACAUUGUAGAAAUUUGAAUAAUGCUGUGAGCAAAGCGCCCCAUUUUUUUCCUAAUGAACUAUUAGUUCAUUCAUCUUCACUGGACCAUGAAGAACGCGUUGAACUGGAAGCAAUAAUUUGUGAUCUCGAAGACGAAAAUCGUCUUUUACAAAAUGAAUAUGAACGUCUUUGUCAAGAACAUAGAGAACAAUCUCUAAUUUUAAAUGAACAACAAGAACAGUUAUUAUUUAAUGAUAAUCAAUUAGAAGUUUAUAAUGAUCGUAAAAUGCUGCGUGAAGCAAAACAAUUAAGACAACAUAAAAUUAAGCUUGAACAAAGGAUGAAGAUUCUUGAAGAACAUAAUAAACAGUUAGGAAAACAAAUGGAACGUUCAAAACAGUUAUUAUCCAAAGAAUCUCCGGUACACACUCUACGUCGAUCAGUUGAUCGAAAUCUUGAACGCCAACCAAAUUUAUUGACUAUCGACAAUCUUUUUCAUAUGGCCGAUGAUCUCAACCGUGCAAUAGGCGAUCUCGUUUCAGUCAUAACUGAACCACAAUCAACUGCAUCUUCAAAUUUUUGCCAUCAAAUUGUAACUUCGUAA